AUGGCUGCAGAUUUAGGAGAGCUGCUUGUCCCUUAUAUGCCCACCAUCAGAGUUCCCAGAACAGGAGACAGGGUUUUCAAGAGCGAAUGUGCCUUUUCCUACGAUUCUCCCGAGUCUGAGGGAGGCUUGUAUGUGUGUAUGAACACAUUCCUGGGCUUUGGCAGAGAACAUGUGGAGAGACAUUACCGUAAAACCGGACAGAGUGUUUACAUGCUCCUCAAACGGCAUGUCAAAGAGAAAGCCACAGGUGCCGCAGGAGGCGCCAUCUCCAGAAGAAGAAAUGGCAGAGUGUUCCUAGAUUUAGAACUGAACCGUGAUUUUAACGGGGAUGAGUAUGAGUGUGAAGACGAGGCCAAGCUCGUCAUAUUCCCAGACCACUUCGAGAUCCCCUUACCAAAUAUUGAGGAGUUGCCUGCACUGGUGACAAUAGCCUGUGAUGCCGCGCUCAACGCUGCGUCAGCCUACAAAAAGCAGGAGUCUGACUCCUGGGACGAGGAGAUCCAGGUGUCCAAACACGCCAGGAGUCUCCGACAGCAGGACAACGGAGUGAGGAUCCCACCCAGUGGUUGGAAAUGUCAGAAGUGUGAGAUGAGAGAGAACCUGUGGCUGAACCUGACGGACGGAGCGGUGCUUUGUGGGAAGUGGUUCUUCGACGGUGCUGGAGGAAACGGCCACGCCCUGGACCACUACAAAGACACCAACUUCCCUCUGGCAGUCAAACUGGACAACAUCACCGCAGAUGGAGCAGAUAUAUAUUCAUUUGAUGAAGAAGAAGCAGUCCUGGACCCUCACAUAUCCGAACACUUGCAACAUUUUGGAAUAGACAUGCUACAGAUGCAGCAGAAUGGAACAGAAAAUGGCCACCUCAACACAGACAACACAGAGAGCGUUCGGCCUCGGGUCAGCGAGUGGGAGGUGAUCCAGGAGUCGGGCAUGAAGCUGAAGGAGGUGUAUGGCUCAGGUUUCACGGGCAUUAAGAACUUGGGUAACAGCUGCUACCUGGGCACCACCAUGCAGGUCCUUUUCAGCAUCCCAGAGUUCCAGAGGGCGUAUGUUGGAAAUCUACAGAGGAUCUAUGACUACUCACCUCUUGACCCCACCAUGGAUUUCAGCACACAAAUGGCUAAACUGGGCCACGGACUUCUCUCAGGCCUGUACUCCAAACCACCAAUGAAAUCCGAGCUCAUCGAACAGGUGAUGAGAGAAGAAUACAAGCACCAGUCGAAGGGCAUCUCUCCCAAGAUGUUCAAAGCCAUGGUCAGCAAGGGCCACCCCGAGUUCUCCUCCAACAGACAGCAAGACGCACACGAGUUCUUCCUGCACCUCAUCAACCUGGUCGAGAGAAACAGUGCUGGUUCAGAGAACCCCAGUGAUGUCUUCCGCUACCUGGUGGAGGAGCGUGUGCAGUGCUGCCAGACGCAGAAGGUGUGCUACAACCAGAAGGUGGACUACCUGAUGCAGCUCCCGGCCCCCAUGGAGGCUGCCUCCAACAGAGAGGAGCUGAUGGCGUAUGAGGCCAAGCGAAGAGAGGCAGAGGAGAACAUGAGAGCCCCUCCAGAGCCUGUGAGGGCCCGGAUCCCCUUCACAGCGUGCCUGCAGGCCUUCACAGAGCCAGAGAACGUCCCCGACUUCUGGAGCUCAGCACUGCAGGCCAAGUCAGCUGGAGUCAAGACUUCCCGUUUCGCCUCCUUCCCAGAGUAUCUGGUAGUGCAGAUUAAGAAAUUCACAUUUGGGGUUGACUGGGUUCCAAAGAAAUUAGAUCUAUCCAUAGACGUACCAGACUUCCUGGACCUGUCUCGACUCCGGGGCACAGGGCUGCAGGCAGGAGAGGAAGAGCUCCCUGACCUCACCCCCCCCAUCGUCCUGCCUGAAGACACCAGAGAUGACUCAAUGAACUCCUCAGAUUCCCCAGAUAUAGACGAGUCGGCGGCGAUGCAGCUGGCGGAGAUGGGCUUCCCUCUGGAGGCCUGUCGGAAGGCCGUUUACUACACAGGGAACAUGGGCCCUGAAAUGGCCUUCAACUGGAUCAUAGCCCACAUGGAGGAGCCUGACUUCGCUGAGCCCCUGGCCCUUCCUUCCUUCAUGGAGCCAGGCCCCUCCAUGGCCAGCCUGGGCCUGGCAGCCACCCCCCUGGACAACCAGCCUCCGGAGGAGAGCAUCGCCAUCCUCACAUCCAUGGGCUUCCCCCGCCGCCACACAGUCCAGGCCCUCAAAGCCACGAACAACAACUUGGAGAGGGCUCUGGACUGGAUCUUCACCCACCCGGAGAGGGAGGAGGAGGAGGAGGAGCCUAGUGACGACCUUUUGGACAUGUCUGACAUCAUGGAGCCCAACGACAACACCUUCUCCAACGCAAACACGAACAGCCACUCCACGCUGUCCCCAGACCAGGAUGCCUCGGGCCCCCGGAUCAAAGACGGACCCGGACAAAUCAUGGACCACAGUCUCUCCAACUACCAUCUGCAUGCUUGUCAAGGUUACGAGCUUUUUGCUUUCAUCAGCCACAUGGGAGCGUCCACUAUGUCUGGUCGUUAUGUAUGUCAUAUCAAGAAGGAAGGAAGAUGGGUGAUCUUCAAUGACCAUAAAGUGUGUUUGUCAGAAAGGCCUCCAAAAGACUUGGGCUACAUCUACUUUUACCGUCGGCUGUCUAGCUGCUAGACCUAUCCCCACCCCCCCCCCAUUUACCGUCAGCUGUCUAGCUGCUAGAACCCCUUCCACUCAACCCUCCAACCUUAGAGAACCACAGCCUGGAAAACCGAGGACAACCAUGACAUCAGUGGAAACCAUGGAAACACCUCAGACCAGCCAUGAAACAAAGGAAGCCACUCAACUGAUCCAAGUCACACAAGAGCAACAGGAAAAUGCUUCCAUGCUUCAAGUGCCGUCAAAAAAAGGGAAAGCAAUGUGGGUAUUUUUUGUAUGUCACUGUGAAAAUCGUGUGCUUUUGUGUAUUGAAACAUGUUAUUUUGUCUAUGGUGUUGGUACAGAGGGAUGUGUGCAAUUCUUGUUAUUGGAGUGCUCUACACCUAUAGUAUUAGCCUAUCAGAUCGUGCCAUUCAUUUUCUAUGCCUUCAGCUACUGUGCCAGUAUUUUUAUUAAUGAAGUGCUACGUUUUAUAAACGUGGAGCAUGGUCCUGAAGUGAUCACGCAUCACUGCCAGGAACUAAAACUCUCUGAAGCGAAACUCAACAAAAAAAUCACAAUGCUGCUGGGAGCUUUGCAUGUACAGAUGUAGGAUCUUAAUUUGACCACAGCAGGAAAAUAACCCUGUAGCAACUGGAAAUGUGAAUUGUGUGGAUUAUAAUUAAUGGACUUUUUUGUAGGGGUUGAUACAUUUUUAUUUAGGACAAAUCAUAUGAUGAAAAAACGCAUCAUACUGUGUUUUGACAGUUCAAGAUCUUGAAAGCUUGAUCGCGGAAAUACAAAACAUUUUGGGAAUGUAUCAAAUGUGGCGUAAUGCAACGAAUACUAAAACAGUUUUCUUAGUGAUAUUUUCCUUUAACGUGUGAUGCAGGAUAGACACAUAAUGGCAUUGAAUGCAGAGAAAUGGGCAGCAUAAGCAAGUUUCAGAAUAAGGAAACACAUUUGAAAAAACGCUCUCGUCUAUGAUGAACACUUACACAUGGGAAUCCAUGAAUAUGUAAUAUCCUUAUUGGAGAGUCCGAUGUACGUACUGAUGGUGUCAUAAUAGUCGCAUAUCUGUCUGGUUUUGACUUGCUGAUGACAUCCUGUUUUUUCUGGGAUUCAGAGGAGAAACGGUAACAAUUGGAUGCAUCAAGUUGAGUCAAGUUCAUUUAAUUUCCCACGAGAACAGAAUGUUGUUUUUAUAUUGAAAUCUGAAAGCACUUUUCGACAGAUUAUUUUAUAUCCUUGCUUUUCACAGAGAAACAGAACACUAGCAUAGCAGCUACCUUGGCUCAAAUACCACAAACUGAUGUAUUCGCUUCUCUUGAAUGUGGUAAAAGCCAUGGGCUGAAUGUGUUUUAUUUUCAGACCAUGUUGCGAUUUACUCGUACUGUAUUCAUACCGUUGUUGCUUCACAUAUAAUUCUACACAUAAGUGAAACAUGCCUUGGAUUGCCAUUUUCCUCAGAUCAGAUUGGCCAUGGUGACUAGCAAUGCAGAAUUUGUAUUUUAUUUUAAUCCUUUAGAUAAAAGGCCCACCCCCGUUUUGCAUAAUAUCUAGAAAUAUUUUGUAUACAGUGUUCUAAGGAGAUCCACUUUGGUUGCUCGCCUAAUUUGAUUACAUUUUUUUGUGGAAGGACAGACAACAAACUAACUCAUGAGGUAAACUUUUGCCCGUGAUGGUAGUCCUUAAAUGUUACCUUGUUUAGUAUUCAUAAUCGAUACGCCACCAUCUUUUUAAAUGCAGAAUGGUAUGCAUCUGAACACAUCCAACUUGUGUUACGUUAUUAUUAUAGCAAUAUGCACUGGGAUGGAAUCUCAUCUCUUUAGAAUACACCAUGUACUGUAGGUUGUGAUCUACUGCUUCUUUCAGAAUGCGUUCUCGUGCUUUUAUGACGUGGUGCAGUCCUGAAUGUAUUCCUUAUGGUGCUCACUGCAACCAAAACCUAUCUUCAGCUUUAAUGCUCAAAUCAAAUCACAUAUCAAAGACCUUACUGACGCAUAGUCACCAAACCCUAUUGAUACUGUAUUCAGCAUUUGCUCAAAGACUCUCUGCUCAUGCACUGAGUCACUAGGAUGUCUUCUUCUCCUGAGCCUAUACAGCCACUCUAUCAAAGACAGUUUGUCAACCGGUGUAGUUGUACAAACUAAGUGUUGCCUACAGUUCAUUACAUAUCGACAAGGUAGUGGAGUGUAAUGUUACAUAUCAAAAACCCUCUCAUAUUUUUUGCUUUCUAAGAAUAAUUACCUGGGACACUAGCCAAUCAAAGACUACUUACCUGCGGCACUAUCCAAUCAAAGAAUAGUUACCUGGGGUACUAUUCAAUCAAAAUACUUACCUGGGGAACUAGCCAAUCAAAGAAUACUUACCUGGGGCAGGUUUCUUGAAAAAGUCAACAUGAUUUUUUUUUUUGCAUUUUAAUACUUCUCAAUUAAAUUAAAGCACUCCACAACACGAAGGGUGUUAGGAAAGAAACUAAAACUGCAUAUAAAGUCAAACAUACUUUCUUGCUGUGCAGGAUGAAUCAUGUUUUUGGACCCACACCAGGAACCCAGAAAAUGGUUUUGAUUUACUAGAGCCUUUGGUUGUGUUUGGGAGAAGAUAACAAUUCCCCCUCAAGAUCUCCCAUCCUUGUCAGACACUCCUUGAUAAUUUUCUGUUGUGUACUUUGCCUGUGCAGUGGGGAUUCUUUAUGGUCUCUGCAGUAACACAAAGACUUACAUAAUCUCCCUUCCACAUGUGAUUGUUUUUCUUAUAGAGAUAGAAUGUAUAGAGUGAACCCCUCUUUUCCAUGUAGAUUGCCAAGGGUCCCAGUGGCCCUUUGUAUAACCAGGCCUACUUCACUGCCAAAGGUAUUUUUUUGUUUAUUUUACUAGGAAAGUCAGUUAAGAACAAAUUCUUAUUUUCAAUGAUGGCCUGUUCAGGGGCAGAACGACAGAUUCGUCAGCUCGGGGAUUCGAUCUUGCAACCUUCCAGUUACUAGUCCAACCACUAGGCUACCUGCCUCCCCAUCUGAUUGCUGAGGGAGGGUGUUCUAUGCAUUCUAGUUCUUUACAUGUGUCCUCUACAGGGGCUCCUCCCACCUUGGCACUCAUCCUCUUUUAGGCUGGCAGGGUGACCUCUCACCUUCAUUUACAGUGGAUAGAUUUGUUAUGUAGGAUGUCUGGGGCUAGAUUCUAUCAGUUCUGCCUUAACCCGCAAUAACCGACAACUGAAUAGCAGUUUCAUUGUUUUUAUUUAGGCGAUGUCGGAGGUGUAACUACGUUGGCGCUGUCAAAUCUGCAAACGUCUCCCGGCGUUAAACCGAUCGUGGACAUUGGAUGCACCAUGUCACAUUAGUAAUAAUCCCAUGUAGUCUUUUUUACAAGUUUGAAUACUGGAAUGUGUGUUUUAACCUACACCUCAAUUAGGCUGAUAUUAUUCCAUAAUAUGAUUUUAAAUUUGAGUCCUUAUUUCUAUAUAGCCUAGGCUUGCUUUCUCAUUGUGAACUUUAACGCGAAUGGGUGUGGCUUCAUGACAAUGACCACACGAACCGCUUGCUCACCGGUUUGCCAGCUCUGAUACAGUUACACCUCCGACAUGGCCAAAACACCAGCUAUGCAGUGUUGAUCUGAUUUUAAAUCUAGGCCUUCGUCUUCUGCCUUUUUUUCUCAGCCCUCCAUCUCUUGUCUCUCCCUCUCCACCACUCGCUCUAUCUCCCGAGGUUGUGAAUGGUAACUAACGGUUCACCUUUUGUGUCACAAAACGCCUUCGUUCUGUCCGCAUGUGCACUAAAAGUUGACAUUCAGUCAUUUGGAUUGUACAAUUGUAUUUGUGUGUUUUCUAAUGUAAUUUAACUAAAUGGUCAAUGGUACUUCACCUGUUUUUACUCCUUUUUUUGGCCAAUUCUGUAGUUUUCAUUACAUACAGAUUCCCUGAAGGGAUUAUUUAAAGUAGACUUUUGUAAUGUAUGUAUUUAUCCAAAUAUUGUUUGGGAUAUCAGUAUUGUAAUGGAAUAUGUGAAUACAUGGUUAUCACAACAAUAUAUCCGCUGGUACUGUCAAAUAAACUGCAUAUUUCUUGA